ACAGUCAACGACCGUUGUUUGCGCGGAACGACGACGAAUGAGCAAUAAAAACCGACGGCCGGCGUGUUCGCUACCAUAUCGUAUAGACAUAAUGAAUUAUAGGCAAUAAUAAUAAUAAUAUAAUAAGUGAUCGUUUCGUUCGAGUGGACGAAAAGACGCCGCCGUCGAUCACUCGUCCGCGUAACCCGAGUGGAUAGGUGUAUAUUUACUACUCUCUCGGCGACUGCCGUCGCACAGCACGAACCAGACGCGCGUUGACCAGUCGUCGCCAUCAUGGGGUGUUACGUGGAGAUAGUGACGCUCCUGUACUCCGCGUCGCUGGCCAUGUCCGCAUUUUUUCAGAACAACCUGUUGCUGCGGAAGGCGUGCAACUCGACUGUGCCGUUCGGCGAGUGCACCGACGGCGAGGCGAACGCCCAGCACAUCGUGUCGGCCAUUUACUCGUGGAAAGCAUUAAUACAGUACACCAUUCCCAUCGUGUUGAUCAUACUCGCGGGUCCAUGGAGUGACAGCCAUGGCAGACGACGUAGACCAUUAAUUUUACUACCACUUGUAGGUCAAGUAUUAACUGAUAGCUUAUGCAUAUUAAAUGUUUAUUAUUGGAAUUGGUCUCCACAAAUCGCUGCACUUUUUGAAGCCAUAACACCGGGAUUAUUUGGCGCUAGAAAUAUGUUCUGGGUAGGUGUAAUAUCGUAUAUAUCAGAUAGUUGUACAAAUGAAUCUAGAACAUUGAAAUACGGAAUAAUAAAUGCAAUUUACACUAUUAGUACUUUAAUUGGAACAGGACUAGCAGGGUUUAUAAAUGUUGGAUUAGGAUUUUAUGGAGCCUUUUUGGUACCUAUUCUGUUAAAUUUAACCGCUUUUAUGGUUGGUAUAAUAUUUAUAAAUGAAACUUCUUUGCCUUACGAUAAAAACAUUGUUUGGCUAAAACCAAAAUAUUUUAUGCAAAAUUAUUUGAGUGUAUUUAAAGGAAGCAGUAAACAUUAUUCAAUUACGUUAGUAGCAUUACUAUUAUGUCAAGCUGUUUUAGUGGGAAGAAUUGGAGGAGAAUAUGCUGUUACAUAUUUAUUUAUGAGAUAUAAAUUUCACUGGUAUGAAGUACAAUACAGUUAUUUUGCUGCUUACAAAAUGUUGAUGAUUUUUGUUGGUACUUUGUUUUCUGUAACUGUGUUGAGCUAUCGUCUGAAAAUAAAUGAUGCAAUUAUAGGUUAUAUUGCAUGUAUGUUUGAUAUUCUCGCCGCAGUGUGUUACGUUUUCGUUGCCGAACCUUGGCAACUAUAUAUAAUUCCACUGGUUGACUUUUUCCAUGGGACUGCACUCACUGUUUCUACUUCAUUGACAUCUAAAAUCGUAGACAACGAAAAACUUGGUAGAUUAAACUCUGUUCAAGGACUAAUGAGCACAAUUAUGUCAUUCGUUGUAGUUUCGUUGUACAGUGCAAUUUAUAAUUUAACAUUUGAAUAUUUACCCGGUGCUGUGUUUUUGUUAAAUAUCAUUUUAACUUUUCCUGUGUUAAUAAUAUUUAUGAUUAUUUACUGUAAAUGCAAACACAUGUGGACAACAAAAGAAAUAACGAAAUCUUAACAAAGGUUUUAGAUAUAGUUUUUAAAUUUCUAUUGUAAGUUACGAAAAGACAGUGUAUAUUGUAUAAUUUAAUAUUAUUAUCAUUUGUUUUAAUGACAUUUUAAUGAGUUAGUUAGUUUUAUAAAGUAUUAUUUAAUAUAAUUUUUCCAUCAGUUAAAUUAAAAAUGAAUUGCUUAAGAAAUCUUCCCGGAGAAAUCGGAGAAUAAAUCUAAUAAGAUUCAAUAUGCGGCUACCAAUUGUUUGUGAUUAUGUAAUCAACACAGUUAAAUGUAGAUAAAUUGAAUUGUUUCGUA